AUGGCCGUACUAUUGCGUUCCCGCCAAACUCACAGUCAUCGUAAUGAUCCUCAUUCUCGUCGCGGUGAAAGUCGUUCCGGUCGCGAAGGAGCGGUUCGCAAAGACGCUGGUCGUCUAACGUUCCCCGCGAUUCGAACCCGUCACCGCGUCCCGCUAUCAUUCCUGCUCGCUCUGUCGUCGCUCCUCGUUCUUCUGCUCGCUACCGCAUCCUAUGCGCUAGACACCACUGCUGGCCAAUCCGCCGGCGAUCACGGCGGGCAUUGCGCGGAGAGUAGCGUCGAUGGUUCGCGGACUUGCGCUGCCAGUGGCGACGCGUCGCCCGAAAGAUCCGAUGCGUAUCCGGAUUUAAAGACGUCUGAAAAUGAAGCCGAGUUUUAUCCAGACGAAUCCGCGGACGAUGGAGGAUCUAGAAAGCCUGGGAGCGUCGAGCAUGACGUGGCAGGAUCGGAGCGCGCCAUGGUGGAAGAGUUGCUGACGUGGAUGGGUCUGGAUUGGACGAGAGACUCGGACGGACCUGAGUAUGGCAUUGUCGUUGACGGCACUAUCGAGGUUAGUGCGACGAAUCUACACCACUUAGUGCAGGGUUACGUCCCGUGUCGCGAAAUGCUGCGCGUUUGCGUCAACGCCUCGCGUUUCGCCACCAGCCACAUGCUGUUUCACAAGUUGACACGUGUCACCUUCCGUGUGUCGUGCCGCCAGGUGGAUUUUUCGACUCGCAGCGUGCACGAUGCCUUGCCUGAAUCUCGAGGCGCGUCAGCCAAUCCCGAGGGUGGCACAACCGUGUGGAAACCGAAUGACACCCGAGCGGACAUUGGCUUUAAGGCAGCUCGCAGAAUAGAGGCUGGCGAGGUCAUUUUGAUAGUUCCACGAAAGUUCUUCAUAGUAGCCAACUGGAUUGCCCUGAACGAGUCAGAGCGCCAUUUACUUCCAUACGACAUGCAGCUGCCAGUGCCGUAUGGGUGGGACACAUACACCGUGCUGGCAGCCUGGCUGCUAAGAGAGAGGGCCAAGGGCGCUGCGUCCCCCUGGGCGCGCUUCCUGCGCUCCCUACCCGCCUACGUGCCCCUGCCCGCCCUCUUCCCCCAGACGCUGAUUGAUGAUUUUGAAUACUGGCCUAUCGUUGACCAGGCCACGCAUCUCAAGGCCGCAUACGCCGACCUGUAUGACAGAUGCAACCCCACUGCCAUCGCCAACGCCACUCGCUCCGAGUUCUAUUGGGCGCUCGCUAUAGUCACAUCGCGCUGCUUCACCUUCUCGCCUUCCCUGCGCGCCCGUGGGGGUGGGGAGGAGAAGCAGGGGGAGGGGGCAGAGGGGGCGGAGGGGGUGGAGGGGGACGGGCAAGGAGGGGAAGAUGGGGCAGAAGUAGCAGCUGAAGCAGCAGGAGAAGCAGGAGGGGAGUCAGAUCAGGGGAGUUCUGGCAACAGUGGCAAUAGCAGCAGUGUUGGCGAGAGAGGGGAGGAUUGGUAUGCCACGUCAGCAGCCAUGCUCCCAUUCGCUGAUCUGUUCAACCAUGAUUACUACCCCAACAUGGGAUGGAAGCUGUCAGGGGAAAAUUUCCUCUUCACCACCUACCAGGCCAUCGAGAAAGGAGAGCCGCUGAGCAUAUCAUAUGGAGCCAAGCCCACCAUUGACAUGGUGGCGGAGUAUGGCUUCGUGCCUGCUUACAACCCCUUUGAUACGGUCAUCCUCUUCCCUAGCUCUGCUCGUCUGGUGGAGUAUACAGUGCAGCAGACGCAUCUCACUCAACCGCGCCCCACCCAGUCACACUCUGCUAAUGCAACACUGAGGGGAGCACUGAGGGUUGCGGCGGUGGUGAGGGAGGUGGUGGAGAGGAUGAGAGAGGAGAGGCGGACGGGAGUGCAGCAGGGACAGGGGCGGGCGGAGGAAGAGGGGGAGGGACAAGAGGCGCAUGGGGAGGAGGGGCAAGGUGGGGUCGGGCAGGGUGGGGAGGCAGGGCAAAAGGAUGGGACGAGUGGGGAUGGCAGCAGGGGUGGGGAGUGGUGGGAGGGGAUGGAGAGCGAGGAGGAGGAGUGGGAGAGUGCGAAGAAGCAGCUGGUGGUGUGGGCGGGGGGGCAUGUGAGCCCUGAGAUGCUGGCCAUGGCUGCUGCUGUGUGGCACUGGAUAAACACAGGGCGAGGUGAGUGGGUUUGGAGGGGUUGA